GUACCAAGCAUGAUCUGAACAAGAACCAAGUAGAGCAAGAGAACAGACAAAACAACAUCAAUCAACAAUUGGGAAAACAAUUGUUUAUGUCUCACAAAAAAGACUCUUGUUUUCUUGGCUACAAGGGGGAAAGAAAUCUUCUUUAAAAUAUUAAAAAAACAAAAAAAGGAAAAGGAGAGGAGGGACUGGGCUCCUCCAAACUCAUCAUUGUGUCUUCAAUCCGAAGCCAAAAGAGGGAGGAAGACUAUGUUGUGAUUCCACACUCUCUUUUCCCCACCCCCAACUCCAACGGGCCUAGGAUCACUCUUGGCUGCAUCCCCAACCAUUGCUGCAAUGCUUAAGCAAAUUCUUGCGAAAAUUCCUCGGAAAUCCCAGAAAUCUGAUUCAAAGGAUCCCUCUGUGACCAAACCUUUAAACAGCAAGACACCCAUGACAGAUACCGGCGAUGGGCUUCAGUUCACAAAUAGCUGCAAUGUGAUAGCCAACCAACUAAGUGUAGUGAAACGCAUGUCGUCUGCAAUCUUCCCCGUGGCAGGAGGGGAGUCCAUUGGGCCCCACAUGUGCUUCAAGGAUGUCUCGAAUGGGGAGAAGCAAGGCCUGUUCUUGAGCAAGCUGAACCUCUGCUGCUCCGUUUUUGAUUUCAGUGAUCCAGAGAAGAACGCGGCAGAAAAAGACCUGAAGAGACAGGCAUUGAUCGAUCUCAACGACUUCGUCACCUCUGGGUCUGUUAAAUGCACUGAAUCCGCCAUUGCUGCAGUCUGCAAAAUGUGUGCUGUUAAUUUGUUUAGAGACUUCCCUCCCAAGUACUCCCCCUCCCAUUCUGCUCGAGGUGAGGGUGAAGAUGAAGAACCACUAUUCGACCCUGCGUGGUAUCACUUGCAGCUGGUGUACGAUCUAUUCCUUCAAUUCAUAAGCCUGACGUCUCUUGAUCCGAAGGCAGCAAAGAAAUAUGUGCAUCACUCCUUCAUAAUAAGACUGCUCAACCUAUUUGACUCCGAGGACCCAAGGGAAAGAGAGUGCCUUAAAUCGGUCCUCCACCGGCUUUAUGAGAAGUUCAUGGUGCACAGGCCUUUCAUCCGAAAUGCGAUCAGUAACUUAUUUUAUGGCUUUGUGUUUGAGACUCAAUGGCAUAAUGGGAUUUCAGAACUGCUGGAAGUAUUGGGAAGUGUGAUUAGCGGUUUCGCUUUGCCCUUAAAAGAAGAGCAUAAGGUGUUCUUCUCCAGGGCUUUGAUACCCUUACACAAGCCAAAAGCAUUGGGCAUGUAUCACCAACAGCUGGUAUACUGUGUUGUACAGUUUGUAGAGAAGGAGCAGAACCUGGCCAGCGUUUUGGUAGCAAAGCUUUUGAGAUAUUGGCCUGUGAAGAAUAGCCAAAAGGAAUUGAUGUUUAUUAGUGAGAUCGAAGAGAUUAUGGAAUUGAUGAAGGUUUCUGAGUUUCAAAAGAUCAUGGUCCCACUCUUUCGGCGUAUAGGGUUUUGCCUCAAUAGCUCGCAUUUCCAGGUAGCAGAAAGAGCACAUCUCUUGUGGAACAAUGACAACUUCCUUAACCUGGUGACGCUCAACAAGGAUGUGAUGAUGCCCAUUGUAGUGUCGGCAUUAGAAAAGAACAACCAAAAUCAUUGGAACAAGUCCAUUCUGAACCUGACUCAAAAUGUGAGGAAAGUGAUACUGGAGAUGGACGAGGAGCUUGUUCUUGCUUGUCAAAGAAAACUUGAGGAGGAAAAGUCGACAUCAGACAUAGUUGCCGAGAGACGGAGGGUGAAAUGGGAACAUCUUGAUAGUAUUACCUCUACCCCUAUUUCUUCUCUAGCUAAGCCACCUUUCAAUUGCCUUGUUGCUACCUGUUGAAUUGAUGAAUCAACUCUACCUGGAAUGCUUACUCUUCUGAAUUUUUUAUGGAAGAAACAUCCACCCGCCAGCUUCUUCAAGAGCGCUCUUACAAUGGCUAGCCAAUGGGGUGAGCAGCAGCAGCAUCAAUAUCAGUUUGAUAUGUGUCAGCCUCUUUUCUUGAACUGAUGAACUGUAAUUUCUUGCCAAUAUGAUCAAGUCAGUCUUUGAAUCAUGUCCUGUAAAUAAGUCUUUAAAUGAGUGAGUUAAGCAGGUAGUCCGCCACAGUAAGUUAUUGUUCCUAUAUGACUACUCAUUAUUGGCAGUAUUAUAUCUAUGUUAAUAUAGAUUUACAUGGUUCUCGAAUCUUACUCUGCAAAUUCCUGUUUUGGUCCUAACAUUU